CCAGGCCCCUCUUUUCGCCGCCUUGCCUGGUGUCCUCAGUCCGGAAGGGCGACAUCGGUGCAGUCACUGCGCGUCUGAGAGAGUGGGCGAAGCUUGUGGGCAUCACAUCGGUGCCUGGAAUGGUGGGGGUAGGGAGACAUCUGUGGAUCCGCCCGCCCCAGUUUCCGAGUCUCUACCAGGCGGAAACCCAGACUCAAGCGUUGUGGAAAGGGUUCUGUACAGGUCCUGGGCACUGGGUUUACUUGGGGAACUUUCGAAUGCUACUUCCAGCGGCUGGCGAUCAGAGUGCUGCCAGCUGCUCAGCGUUGAGAUUGGUGAAAGUGUGAGAGGGGAAGAUGUCUAUAUCAUCCAGAGUGGCUGUGGGGAAAUUAAUGACAACCUGAUGGAGCUACUCAUCAUGAUCAACGCGUGCAAGAUUGCAUCCUCAUCUAGGGUAACUGCUGUGAUACCCUGCUUCCCGUAUGCCCGGCAAGAUAAAAAGGACAAGGUAGGCGAGAGUCGUGCUCCAAUUUCUGCUAAACUUGUGGCCAACAUGCUGUCAGUUGCUGGGGCUGAUCACAUCAUCACCAUGGACCUGCAUGCCUCUCAGAUCCAGGGAUUCUUUGAUAUUCCUGUGGAUAAUUUGUAUGCAGAGCCUGCAGUUCUUCAGUGGAUUCGGGAAAACAUCACUGAAUGGAAAAACUGUAUCAUCGUUUCCCCAGAUGCUGGAGGAGCCAAAAGGGUUACAUCAAUUGCAGACAGGCUGAAUGUGGAAUUUGCCUUGAUUCACAAAGAGAGAAAGAAAGCAAAUGAAGUGGACCGGAUGGUUCUUGUGGGCGAUGUGAAGGACCGUGUGGCCAUCCUGGUGGAUGACAUGGCUGACACAUGUGGUACCAUCUGCCAUGCUGCAGAUAAGUUGCUCUCAGCUGGUGCCACCAAAGUUUAUGCUAUCCUAACCCAUGGAAUCUUCUCUGGGCCAGCUAUUUCCAGAAUAAAUAAUGCUGCCUUUGAAGCUGUUGUUGUCACCAACACAAUUCCACAAGAGGACAAAAUGAAACAUUGCUCCAAGAUUCAGGUGAUUGACAUUUCAAUGAUCCUGGCUGAAGCCAUUCGAAGAACCCACAAUGGAGAAUCCGUGUCCUACUUGUUCAGCCACGUCCCACUGUAGUCCGGAUUGGGAUGUUGAAGGUGGAGCAAGCCUCCUCCAACUUCCUGCUGUCUUUGUCUGCCUGCUGUUUUAGUGUUAGGACUCAGCAAUUCUAGGAUGAUCACUGGUGAAAGCAUCUGAUCUAUGUACACUCUGAGAUUCCUUGUCUCCCCUUCUAAAGUUCAUGACUACUUCUUCUCAGUUUUGUGGGGGCAGGGGAAGGUGGUGGUUACUUGGUCUUUAAGUGAACUGUGGUCAAUGAGAACUAGUAUUCUCCCUCAUUCUUUUUAGUACUUUGAGGCAGCAACUUUUAAGCCUAAAAUCCCAUUGUGGAAAUUUGUCAUAUAUAUCUAUUUUGAGGUUGCCAAAGGUGACUUCAAAUAAAAGCCUUCUGUGUAAAUAUAUAAUGAUAAUGCUUGUGGACAUUUGGGUAAAAUCCUAAAUAGCCUUUACUUCAGAGUGAACCUCAGAAAAUUUAUGGUAUCAUGCAUUUUGAAUUUUUGUUUCUUGUUUUUUAGGGAAAAAUGAUAACUGAUUUUAUUUUAUUAUAGCCCUUAAUUGGGACUGAAUUUUAUUGAGCCUAAGAUGGUUACUGAUAUAUUGACUUUUCAUAGUAAACAUUUGACAUAUUGAAGACAACAUAAGGCUAUCAAUUUUAAUUUCCACUUUGAGGAAAUGUCAUAACUCUUAACUUACCUGAAACUCCCAAAUGAUGAUCAGUGAUCACUGUGAUUUGGAUACCACUUCAGGAUGUAGUCAGUGAGUUCAUGGUCACAUUGAUGUGCAUCUUUGUUUAUCCCAGAGGAAUUAUUAUUAUUUAGGAUGCACCUCAUGUCCUAUCAUCUUAUUCCCAGACUUUUAGCACUGGCUUUUACUUUUCAUUUUUUCCAAUAAUUUCUUGGUGUAGAUAUCCACCAAAAGAAAAACUCCUUGAAAUCACCUCACAUUUUUUUAGGCUGUUUAUUUUAUUUUAUUUUAUUUUUUGGUUUUUCACAUAAAUAAAAUGGGAAAGUUUUAAGAGUGCCACCAAAUGUAUUUAUUCAAACACUGUUUAAUGAGCUCGGAUUAAAUGCUCUUGGCCCUUUGUAAGCAGAAGUACUAAAUCUCUAAUGGUUGAUUAUCAUCUCUAAAGUUGUUAAAAUGUAGAGAUAGAGGAGGCCUGUAAAACAACAGAUGCAAAAGUAAAUAGGAGCUUCUUCAAAAAAAAUGGUUCAAAAAGCAUCGUGAAAAAUUUCACUGAGGGUGGCAUUCUUGAUAAAAUUGUCUUUUAGCAAGGUUUAGAGGUUUAUGCCUAUAAUCCUAGCACUCAGAAAACUGAAGCAGGAAGAUUACCACAAGUUUGAGGCCAGCCUAGGCUACAUAGUGAGUUCAAACUCAACCUGAGCCCAUGUGUCAUGAAACAAAAGGCAGUCUUUAAAAAGGCAUCAUUUAAAGUGGCAAAGGUCACCCAUUCACUGACUGAUUAUAUGCAUGUUGGUGGACAACCUAUCAAAUUUGCCUGACCCCAAAGAAAAGGAUUUGCCUGUGUAACUAAAGAUUUGGAAUGCUAAACAAUCUCUCUCCCUUGCUGAAUCUUAAAAGUGGUAAAUAAAUUCCUAGCCCUAAAUUUUUUGGGUAGAAAAAUCCUAUCCAUCUGAGCAACAUACUUGACCAGCACUCUAGAAUAUCAAACUUGAGGGCAGCAGAAGUCAAAUCAAUGUUAGAAAGUAUCAUUUAUGUUAUUAUGGAAACUAGCAUUUUGACAAUACUUUAUUUGUAACUGUUCUAAAGAAAGUGGUCCAAUCACCUGGAAUGCUCAGAUCUAUGGUACAAACUGUAAAGUCUUGACUAGACAUGUGUAAAAACCCUAUUUGACACUAUGCAACUGUUAUUUUUGAUAAAUGUGUGACGUCUGUAUUUCUUGGGGUUCAUGUCUGUGCUGAAUGAAGACAUCCCUGUGCACAUCCACAUGGAGACAGCUUGAUAUGUGUGUGCACAUGUCUCAAAGUAUUGGCAUGACAAAAGCCAGUUGGUAAUCAUUUUAUCUAAGGCAUUUAAAGCUUAGGAGUGUAUACAGUGGAUCUUGCAAUAAUGAUCUUCAGAUUUAAUCCCCUAUAUAAAAGUCUGCCUGGCUGUCCUCUGAAUUGAGAACUGAUGGUUUCUGGCUUUACUUGGCCUGAGGAGGUGUUUUAAAGGACCUCUGAAUACACUAAUGAACUGAUUAGACUGAAUCGAGCCUUAUACAAUGGAAAUACAGAUUUUAAAUUUGUGAUUGUUCUAGUUUGGCCAAAAUGACAAAAGCUGACUCGUGAGCAGUCUAGACCCAGGACUUCCCUGUUCCUUGCUGCUUGCAGUAAGGAAACAAAGGGGAAAUCACCAGCAGAUCAGCUCUGUCCAGCUCCACAACAGGAGGGCCAGAAAGGGGAGUCAGGGAAACAGAAAUAUACCAAAGUUGUUUAGCCUCCAGCUAAAAUUUUCUUAGUCAACUGGUAGAUGUUCAUAUGCUGACUUUCCUUUGUUAGAGACAAUGUCAACUAAGUUCAGGAGUCUGUUCUUUGCAGUGCUUGCCCUGGUUUUAGAGACUAGAGAAUUUUGAGAUCCUGUGACAUUUACUAAGGCAUUUCAAUAAAAUCAUGCUGACUA